AUGCGAAAUGGGAAAACUCCCUUUGACUUAGCUGCAGAUCAAGAAAAUUUAAAAAUAAUCAAAUUGUUAUUUGAAAGAUCCAUCAUAGAUCCAACAAAAGUAUAUAAGUCAGGUAACACUAAGUUACACUAUGCGGCUGCAAAUGGACUUUCCAGCAUAGUUCAACUGUUACUUGAAAACGCAAAUACAGAUCCGAACAAAGGAAAUAAGAAUGGGAAAACUCCAUUUGACUUAGCUGCAGAACAAGAAAAUUUCAAAAUAGUCAAAUUGUUAUUUGAAAGAACCGUCAUAGAUCCAACAAGAGUAUAUAAGUAUGAUGAUACUCCCUUACACAUAGCUGUUAGAUUUGGACAUCUAAAAUUAGUUAAACUGUUACUAGAAAGAGUAGUUAUAGAUCCAAAUAAACAAAAUAAGUAUUUUGCUACUCCGUUACACUUAGCUGCUAUCAACGGACACCCCGACAUAGUUAGGUUGUUAUUAGAAAGAGCAGAUAUAGAUCCAAAUAUAGAAAAUAAGCUGCAUCCUACUGUAAUGAAGGCAUAUUUUGCAUAA